AUGAUCUCGGCUUCGGUCGCCACGAAUGGGCGCGGCAGUCGCGUGAAACACAAGGCCAGAUCCUCCAAACCCUCCCUUUCCGCGGACAAACUCAGCAAACAUGUCCUUGUGGAAGACCUCGUCAAUGACUUCAACAACAUGUCCAUCCGACACAUCUGGCCGCCACACCACGUGCGUUUCGUGAUGUGGUAUUACCUAACCACAAGUCUACCGUACGAAAGCAUCGCAGUCGCAUUCAAUGUGACUUUUGCUGGAGACGACGAGGCCGGACGAAUGGAAGCAAGGAACGCAGAAAAGAUUGUCGAGUUGGUAAAUCUGAGGUACAUAUUGAUCAAGGACGAGUUGGCUGCGAGAGGUCAGUGGCCUCGACCGACUGAGCAGGGUUGGGCACCAUGUGAUCACGGUAUGUGCUGUGCGACACUCGCGGAAAUGGCUGGAAAUGGCAGGAUGGCUUCAGUUAUGAGGAGCGUUGACUUGAAGACGAGAAUGGCACGGAAAUUGGCGGACAUGGCGAUGGGCCUUUGGGACGGUGACUGGGAGGAGAUCCUCCAGUGUCCUAGGAAGCAUAAGGACCCCAUUUCUGCUGGUGCUACAGUGGUCCAGCAGCACAGCAAUGCCGCGUCCUUGCCAAAUUCGAGCAAAAAGUCCCUUCCAUUGGGCAUUUCCUCGUUGCGGCGCAGUGUAAAGUCGUCAGCCUGGGAAGCACCCUCGAAACAGCUAAAUCGGGUAUCGCUAAUACCGAUCUUUGAGGAACAUAUCGAUUUGGACCUGUCUUCGACAGAAGAGAUCGAGAUGCCGGGCAAUCCGGGGACUUUCGCUCCUAUUCAUCCCUCUACAUUGUCCUGCGCUGCGGCGAAGACGCACUCGUCACUAAGGAAGUUGCAUCCGGCUCCACAGCCUCGAGACCAUUCGACCAAAAUGCCGUCUUUAUCAUGCUGGCUAAACAACCGCUCGUUGAGAAGCCACCGACUAAAUCGAGCACCGAUGUCUGAUUUUCAAGGAGAAAUGCAAACGUUCUCAGACGAUCCAAACUUAGCUCCAACAGAGUCGGCGGGCUCUACAAUGUCACGUUCAUCCAACACCCAUUCCAAAUUUGUCCUCACAAGUUCGCAAAACUCGGCAAGAUUGACGACAACUGAUUCUGGGUCCCAGGUGACUCUUGACGGGGCAGCUAACGUAGAAACGACCAGGACUGAGCCGAUCGUCACGCAGAUAAACCUGGUGGUGGGAAUGCCGAUGUCGAUUGAUGUAUCGGAAGUGUGUUCGUUCGUCCUCAAGCAAGCAUUUAAGGCCCCAUACUGGUGUAUUGUCCUCGACCCCUUUGAAAUUCUUGCAAAGAACACGGAGAACUUGUCAAGACAUCUUGUCGCGCUUAGCGGAUGGCACUUUGUACAGUUUCUUCUCGCCAUAUUUGUCACCAAAGUCGUCGUGGAGUAUACCUUCGAAUAUUUGCGCCGGGUUCUGCGGCAUCGGUGGAUGAUUGAGCUCAGUCCGCCACAUGCACCAAAUAUGUCGGAAACAGUGUAUCUCCUGUAUCUGUGCAUCGCUUGCCAGAUAGUGGUCUUCGUGUGGCCCAAAUGUGCGCCAAAAACACAGCAAGUCUUUUGA